AAGCAACAAAACAAAUAAAUCAAGGUCGUUUAAGCAAAACAGAUAAAUCCUACUGAUAUUUUUAUCUGCAAUCGUACAAGUGUUUCUGUUCUGUUCAGUAGACACAAAGUGCCUGAGGCACAUCAAAAAUGUUAUUAGUGGACAUCUGCGACAGAAUGAGUUUUUAGAAACCAACAGAUAUAUUAUGCAUGAGGAAAGUGCCUCUGAGGAAUGGACUAACUAUUGAUCUACGCAGAACCGAAAUAUGAGAAAAUAUAUAAAACACAAUAUAAACUAUUUCUUCAGGCAAUUCUGAAAGAAACGUUUGCCUGUCAUAAUUAGCCCUAGAUAAUCGAUAGCGAGUUUGAAAGGGCAAUAGACAAAUCGAAACCUUUCUGAGUUCUGCUCCAAAUCCAAUUUGAUAUAAAUCAUACAAGAGAUAAAUAUCGAAAAGCACAGGAAACCAGUGAACUUCCAAUCAAAGAAGGUUUUUUAACUGAAGUGUUAAAAUCGCCAUCAAUUUAAUUUAUUGAAAUUGAUUAGGUUAUUUUUAGAAACUGGACAUUAGAGAAGGCAUCACACUUCAUAAUGGCUUCGACUAUCGAGCGCAAUUCACACCAGGCACCCACAGCACCCAGUUUGGAAGACCUUAACUCAGCCUCCACAUCAGCUGCCAGUGGCAGCACUUUUGCCGAAGCAGACAGAAUCACGAAGACAACAACGUCCUCAGAAGCGAGCAGUUCAGAGCCACCAAAGGCAUCCACAGAAUCGGCUGGUAGCAGCGGAAGAGGUGAAAAAUCCAAAAUCAACACAGAAAACGGCAGCGAAGAGGAAAAAAAGGAUGAUUCCAUGUUCGAAUGCAAUAUCUGCCUGGACACAGCCAAAGACGCGGUGGUCAGUAUGUGCGGCCAUCUCUUCUGCUGGCCUUGUAUACACCAGUGGAUGAAUGGCUACCGAAAUACGUGUCCGGUUUGUAAAUCAUCCAUCAACAAGGAAAAAGUCAUUCCACUGUACGGACGGGGUGGCAGCAAGGAAGAUCCGAGAAAAACCGUUCCACCGCGUCCAGCUGGGCAGCGAACUGAACCAGAGCAGCCGCAGGGUUUCCAAGGCUUCACCGGGGACGGUGGAUUCCACAUGUCAUUCGGCAUAGGAGCUUUCCCGUUUGGUUUUUUCACUUCUACUCUCAACUUUGGCGAUUUUAGGGGCAAUCCUCCACACGAGAAUACGCGCGAGUUCGACGAGGACCAGUUUCUGUCGCAAAUCUUCUUGUACGUGGCAUUGGUAUUUAUGGCUUGGCUGGUAUUGGCUUAGAUUACGCAAAGGAAAAAUCGUCGCGAUGAACCGAUUAGCUUUGCUAAUCAACUGCAAAAAUGUAAAUGCGUUGUGAUAUAAAUUUUUACAAACCCGCAAUGAAAAAUGAACGUUUUGUCCCACGAAUCAUUAUGAACAAUAAACUGGUGUUUUGGGUUUAGAAAACAAAAUAGUCCGUGAAAAAUAAAAGACCACAAGUUUUUUUAAAGACACAAACGAAGCGAGGAAGAAUGUAUUAAAAAAAAAUAGCUAGUUUUCAGCGUAUCCCUUUCUUUUUCUAUAAUCUCGUAAGUCACCGAGAUAAACUGAUUUACUCAGCGUAUCAUGCGUGAGAUUUUCUUCUGGCAAUUGUUGUAUAUUUCUGUUUUAUCUGCCUCUAUAUUCUGAAUAUGUCUAUUAAACGAAUAAAAUGAUGAAAGUUGAAAA